UUCUCAGUAGUCGUCGUCAUUCGGAGCCGACAACCUUCACGAUGGCCAAGUCUAAGAACUCGUCUCAGCACAACCAGUCGCGCAAGGCGCACCGGAACGGCAUCAAGAGGCCCAAGACCCAGAGAUACCCCUCGCUGAAGGGCACCGACCCCAAGUUCCGGAGAAACCACAGGCAUGCGCUCCACGGCACCGCUAAGGCUCUGAAGGAGUUCCGGGAGGGCAAGCGGGAGACUGCUUGAUUUUACUUUCCUUUGUUUGCUGCGCGCGAUGGCGGGAGGGGAUACAUCUUCGGACAUGACUUUUACGAAGAAGGAGUUCUAGGCGGACGACGAUAUCUGCAUUGUCUUGCAGCCCACCGCUCUUACUGGGACCGGCUUUUUCCUCGAGGUGUUAAACAAUCUGGGGCAUCUCAUUCGAUCAAACACCCAAACCGGAAUCCAUUGGGCCACUGCGCAGUGAGGCGGAUCUGCCGGGGUGCUAUCCUCUCCUCCGCCGGCGCGGCUUGAACGAUCUUGGUCCCGAUGCAGUUGCGUGCUGUGUGGAAGGUGUAGUGUGGUGAGCGACUGACGACUGCACUCUGGCUCGCCCUCUUUCUGCUUGUUGGGUCCAACCAUUUCUGCGGGCGCCGGGGAGGACAUCCAUAACGAUGAACGGCAUUAGUGUGUACAGCUCUGAGCUCUUUUCCCGUGCUCAUUGUGCUGAAGGAUGAUUUCGUGCCGAGAGGGACCAGCCUGGCUAUUACCAAACACCUUUGCUCUUCCUCCCG